UGACAAGAAUUAACACGGGCUUUGAAUUGGAGUCGGCCGAGAGGGCCCUGGGGACGAGGUUGAACAAGGCGCAGGGUUGGCGCAGGGACUGGAUGUUUUCGAGCAUCUUUCAUAACUUUAUAGCUGAUUUUAAAUCGUUGUCGGUUUGUUUCUUCAAGGAAGUCAAGCACUAAGUUCCAUCCCUAGAUAUUUUUCAGUUAUAGACAAGUAAUCGAAGAUACUUUUUACGAUGUUCAUGAAAAGAAGGCCUGCAAUAUGUCAAUGUAGAACCUUGCUAUUCUUCAUCGUGUUAUUACUAAAAACCGCCAUCGUUGCUGGUGAUGGCCGAUUUAAGCCAGAUCUUAAAAGUGUCAUUCUCGUGCAAAAUGGAACAACUGCAUAUUUUGAGUGGGAUUACACAGUUGAUAACAGAGUACGAGAUUUUAAUAGCCUUUCCCCGAUAUGGAGUUUUUAUAACUCAACUAAUCAUGAGUUCAUAAUAGGCCAUGAAAACAGAGCCAAUGCCUGGGCAUGGGAAGUCACACGUGAUACUUGUCCCCCCAGAUUGUUGUAUCCUAAAGAACGGGUGCAUAAGACAUCUGUGGCUACUCUGGUUAUCACAGAUGUAACCACUGCAGAUAAUGGAAUAUAUGAAUGCACUCUUUCUCUCUCAUCACCUAAAAAAUCAAGAAUGGAGCUUAUUGUUUCAGUUACUCCACAGAUAAGUUUAAAUGUUGAGCUGAAAAUUUUGGAAAAUGAUAAUUUGACUGCGAUCUGCUUGGCUAUUGGUCCACCAGCACCAAAUGUCACAUGGAUAAGGAGUGGAAACACUAAGGAAUUAGCCUUUGGAAUAAAUGGAAGUGCUGUGUUAAAGAUUUACAAUAUAAAAAGGAACCAAGGCGGAAUAUAUGAGUGUCUUGCUAUAAACAACCCGACGGAACAGCCAGUGAAAAAUCAAACAAAUGUUAUCGUACAGUAUUGUGAGGAGUUCAAUGAAAUUCGCUCUACUAAGUUUGUAAAAGCUCAUAUUCAUGAGAAAAAUGUUGAGUUGAAAAGUGUAGCUGAUGGAGUUCCUGUACCCACACAUGUCUGGUACCUACCCAACAAGAAGAUGGUCCAUUCUGAAAAUUCAACAGAGAGUACUUAUACAAUAAAAGAGGUUAAUGAGGAACAUAUUGGUAACUGGACAAUUAAUAUCACAAAUUGGAUUUGCUCAUCAUAUUAUGUACACAGACUUGAAGUGAUAAAAGUCCCUCCUUCACAUGAAGAAGAGAAAUGUUUUACCUCUAGAGCGCUGGCAGGAAUUAUCAUUGGAGCUAUUCUUGCUGUAUUGAUUAUAGUAGCUGUGAUUGCUUUUGUAAUCUAUAAGAUAAAGUUCGAAAAGAAACCUUUCACCGAAGUGCAGAAAAGGGGAAUUCUCAUCGGACUGAUUGUUGCUGUAGUAAUUAUUAUAAUUAUAAUUAUUGUUGUGGCAAUCCAAUUAAACAAGUGUGGUUAACAAGCUUUGCUUGGAAAUUCACCUGGUAUCUACUAAAGGUAGUAUCAAAAUGAGAAUCAAGGAUAAGAUUGAGUUGCUUCUAGUAAAUUUCAGGGUGUUGAAAUCAGGUCUAUAUCUUAUCUAGUGCAGUGGUAGCUUCUUGAAGCCAAAAU